UGCGCUUCCGUCAUAAGUUCGUCUGAUAAAUAGUACACGGAAAUAUCUUAGUUGUCAUCUGACUACGAGACAAUACUGUCGACUGCAAGAUGAAGACGUGCGAAGUAUUUUUAUUACUUGUAUUUUCCACAAGUGCACUUUCGGAUACAGGUGGACUAUUGCGAUCGUGUAAGAUUAAGGAUAUAGAAUGCCUGAGCAAAUCAACUGAACAGUUCUUAGAAAAAACCUGUAAAGGUAUCCCUGAGGCCGACAUAAGAGCCAUCGAUCCUUUAGUAAUACCUGCCUUGGACUAUGCGGCAGAAGACAUAGGCGGCGUUUCGUUACAUUUUACAAACAUUAACAUAUCUGGAUUAAAGAAUCAGAAGAUAUCCGACUUCCAAAUGGACAAAGAUAAAAUGUCAGUAGUGCUGAAGUUGAAUGUCGAUUUAAAUAUAGUUAGUGAAUUAGAUGUAAAGCUAACAGAACAUUCGAAGAUUUUCUCUGGAACAUACAAGGCUAAAGCAACUACCUUGGCUACAGCUAAUUACAAUUACGACUUAAGAAAUAACGAUAAAGGAGUUCGUUAUUUUGAAGUUCUUCCGGAAACAAUAACUUGCAGUAUUGUUCAAAAACCCGAAGUAUCUUUGAAUGAUGAACUAGUUCAAGCACUUAAUAAAGAUGAACAUAUCAAAGAAGGUAUUGUAAAAUAUGAAAAGAAACGCGAUGAAUAUAAGGAAAGAGCUAUUUGUAAAAUCGUUCAAAAGGCUUAUGAGACGGUCAUCCAUAACAUUAGAGCGGCUGCAAAGUUCUUACCAGCAGAAGACUUUUUCCAAGACAUAUGAAAAUCUCAAUUUUAUUUACAAGUAGAAAUCAAUAUGUUUCACAGCUUUGGUAAACAAACUUACUCAAGAAAAUGUAUUUGUAAAUGUAAACACUGUGCGACAACAUAUUGUUUUGUUUAAGUUGGAUUAAUCGACUCAUAAAAAUAAACCAAUAAACAUUUAUUAGAUACACGAGAUGAAUGUUUACGCA